AAUAUUGAGUAACAUACAGGUAAGUUUUUCAUUUUUUGUCUUUGCAUAACCCUUUUUCUCAUGGAAUGCAGAAUGCUAUCUGCAGCUUGCUGCACAUGACAAGGACUGCAAAGCAGAAUGUUGGCAUUAGAGGAAAACAAAUUAUGGAGUUGUGCAAAAUAAUCUGCCCUAAAAUGCUCAAUAAAUUUAACAAGAAUGACGGUAAAGCAUUGAGGUGUCCCACCUGCCCUUGGAGAAAAGUCAAUAGGUGCUUGUGUUGGACAAUAUGUCUCCUCUUCCUCCUAAUUGUUGCUAUUGGGGUUUCUGCUGCCAUCCUUUAUGCCGUUUUCCAGCCAAAACUACCGAAUUACUCUGUUGACAAACUACAAAUAACCCAGUUCAAUCUUGGUUCUGAUUCAAGCCUGUCUGCAACCUUUGACGUGACAAUUACAGCUACAAACCCCAACAAAAAGAUCGGAAUAUACUACGAGGGAGGCAGCAGUCUGAGAGUUUAUUACACCAACACACAACUAUGUCAAGGGUCAAUGCCAAAAUUCUACCAAGGCCACCAGAACACAACAGUGCUUAUCUUGCCUUUAACAGGACAAAUACAAGAUGGUAACGCUCUGGUUACGGCUCUGAGAGAGCAACAGCAGCAGGCCGGAAACAUUCCAUUGAAUCUGAAAGUGAACCAACCGGUGAGGGUUAAGCUUGGAAAGUUGAAGCUGAUGAAGGUGAAGUUCUUAGUGAGCUGCAGAUUGGUGGUGGAUGCUUUAUCCGCCAACAGUGCUAUUAGUAUUCAAAGCAGCAGCUGCAAGUUCAAGUUCAGAUUGUAGAUUAUUGGAUUGCCUCUUGGCUACAUCAUUUCCUUAUACACUUCUCCAUUUUUUUACCCUUUUUUUUUCAUUUCUUUUUUAUGAUAGAUAAAAGAUUGGAGGGUUAUUUAUAUACUAUUCCUUCCACCAUAGUACAUUUUUUUAUGUAGUUCCCCUAUAUUCCAUUUUUUGUAUUUUUUUAUGUGAUCGAGUUGCAUUUUAUGUAUUGAGACAUUAUUAUCAUUUUUAAAGUCCGGAUUAAAUUACACUUUACAAU